GGUGCAGGGAAGGGGGCGUGGGGAGAGUGCGUACUGGGGUUGCGCUGCGCGGCCCCGAGCUCUCGCUGCUCCGCCUGCACAUCUCUGUUCCGCUGCUUCCCUGCACCCCGGUCCAGCUCACCCCACACCCGGGAGCUCACUCGCCUUUUUGCUGCUUCUGCUGCCGCCGCCGCCGCAGCCGCCACCACUGCCUCCUGGACCAUGACCAGCUGCUGGCAGCUGCAGAACUGCCGGGCCCUGCGACUGGCCUGGCCUCCUCCAGGCGCUAAUCUCCGCCCCCGCUGCCCUCUCCCGCCUCUGCCUGCGGCGGGGCCCCAGCCUGGGCCCGGUCCCCACCCGCUCCGAAGCUACAGCGGGGGUCCGGCCCGGCUUCCCCAGGCCCUGCUGCGCACGGACGCCUUCGUGGGGGGCCGCUGGCUGCCCGCCGCCUCGGGCACCUUCCCUGUGCAGGACCCAGCCAGCGGUGCCCAGCUAGGGCGAGUGGCCGACUGCGGGGCGGCCGAGGCCCGGGGGGCCGUGAGCGCUGCCCACCAGGCGUUCUCCAGCUGGAGGGGCGUCUCGGCCAAGGAAAGGAGUGUAUUACUGCGAAAAUGGUAUGAUCUGAUGAUAAAGAAUAAAGAUGACCUUGCCAAAAUAAUCACAGCUGAAAAUGGAAAACCUCUAAAGGAAGCCCAAGGAGAAGUUCUGUAUUCAGCUCUUUUCUUGGAGUGGUUUUCCGAAGAAGCACGACGCAUUUAUGGAGACAUCAUUUAUACCCCUGCAAAGGACAAGCGGGGCUUGGUCCUGAAGCAACCUGUUGGGGUAGCUGCCAUUAUCACUCCAUGGAAUUUUCCCAGUGCUAUGAUUACCCGAAAGGUGGGAGCAGCUUUGGCAGCUGGUUGCACAGUGGUAGUAAAACCUGCAGAAGAUACACCUCUUUCUGCCCUGGCCCUUGGUGAGCUUGCCAACCAAGCAGGAAUUCCUGCAGGUGUCUAUAAUGUGGUUCCCUGCUCUCGUCAGAAGACCAAGGAGGUUGGGGAAGCUCUUUGCACUGAUCCAUUGGUAUCCAAAAUUUCUUUUACUGGCUCAACAGCAACAGGAAAGAUUCUGUUGCACUAUGCUGCUGACUCUGUGAAGAGGGUCUCCAUGGAGCUAGGGGGGCAUGCCCCAUUUAUCGUGUUUGACAGUGCCAAUGUGGACCAAGCAGUGGCAGGGGCCCUGGCUUCCAAAUUCAGAAAUUCUGGUCAGACAUGUGUUUGUUCGAAUCGUUUCUUGGUGCAAAAGGGGAUCCAUGAUUCCUUUGUGAAGAAGUUUGCUGAAGCCAUUAAUAAGGAACUUCGCAUAGGUCAUGGAUUUGAAGAAAGGACCACCCAAGGUCCAUUGAUUAAUGAAAAGGCAGUGGAAAAGGUGGAGAAGCACGUGAGUGACGCAGUUUCCAAAGGAGCCACCAUCGUGACCGGAGGAAAAAGGCACAGCUUUGGCAAAAACUUUUUCGAGCCGACCCUCCUCAGCAACGUCACCUCAGACAUGCUCUGUUCUCAGGAAGAAACCUUUGGCCCCCUGGCCCCAGUGAUUAAAUUUGAUACAGAGGAAGAGGCUCUGGCUAUUGCCAAUGCAAUGGAUGUGGGUUUAGCAGGUUAUUUUUACUCUCAGGAUCCAGCGCAGAUCUGGAGGGUGGCUGAGCAACUGGAAGUUGGUAUGGUUGGGGUUAAUGAGGGACUGUUGUCCACAGUGGAAUGCCCCUUCGGUGGGGUGAAGCAAUCUGGUCUUGGACGAGAAGGCUCAAAGUAUGGUAUUGAUGAAUAUCUGGAACUGAAGUAUGUGUGUUAUGGUGGCUUAUAGGAAUCAUCAGGUGUUCUGUAGCCAAGGGGGAAAAAAAUCCCUCUACGUGUGUAGAGAAAUGCCAUCUAAUAUAUUUUUAAUAAAUCUUUAGAGACCCAUAAAUGUGAAUUUUUAAAAACCUCACUCAUCCAGUCCCACAUCAUUCUGUGAGUUAGCUGACAGCGUUCCUCAGAUACUUGACUAGAACAAGAGGUGAAACAUGUUAAGUGUCCUUUCUGCUUUGAGGUGGACUUUCAGGUCGUGAUUUCCAGCCUUACCGUGGUGCUGCCUUCCCCUCCCGAGAAGAAGAAUGUCCCUCUCGCCAUGGUUCGGAGGGGAUGGUUAGUACCGAAAGCACCAGAAUAACCAUAUCUUAAGCCCAUUCCAUCUCUAACAAGGCUCCCAUACUAUGGCGGGCCCGGAGAAAAUGCCUUCUUGCACAUUCUGGCUGCCUGGGCGUUGCCAUCGAGGUGCAAUCUGGCCUAUUUUUAAAAACAGUUUGAAACAGUACAGUGUGUUUCUUUGUGGACAGAAGGAACACUUCCUCUCUUUUUCUCUCUCUGGCUCACUUCUGAAAAAUGAAUCCUACAACUUGGGUUUAUUGAAAAGGGAAAAAAAAUGUUGGCUCUGUUUUCACCUAUUUUCCUCAUUUAGGAAGUAAGCAGAGGACUACAGCUGAGAACUGUAUAGAGUUUGGAAGAGAUCUCCAGACUAGAAGUCGGUAUACUUAGACUUGGGUAUCUAAACUACUAACAUGAGAUUUUGGCAAACCGUUAUGUCUCCAGCCUUCAGUCAUCUCAUCUGAAAAGUGCUAAUAAUGCGCAUGGCCCUUUCUAAUUCACAGGAGCAUAGAUUAUGCUCCUUCAUAGGAGCAAAUUGUGUGCAGGCCUUCAUAGAAAGAAGAUAACUAUUUUGGAAAAAUGAGAGUGACAUUUAGUCAUUAUCGUAGCUCAUAGCCCUCUGCAGUUUGCAAAUGACUUUCCAUUGCACUGAACCAGAGGUAGGUGCUGUCGUAUUAUUAUCUCCAUUUUACAGAUGAAGAAACUGAGAUUUAAAGCAAUUUGUACAUGAUUAUAUUGCUAGUAAUUAGUGAAGUAGGUUACCUGAUAUAUGACCUAAGUGUUCAUCCCACAAUUCCAGGCUACUACUCUUUUGAUCCAGUUAUGAUUAUUACUGUUAACAGCAGUAUUCCCAGUCAGCUCUACUCUUGAAACUUAGACGUACAGUGAGAUGAGCCUACAGAAGAUCUUAACACAGGAUCCUCUGGCUAGCCCUACUUUAUGUCCAAGAGGACUGCCUUAAAGUUAGUUCUAUUGAAGACCGAGGGAUGAUCUCUUAUGGCAGUGGUAUCUAAUUAAAAUAGAAACAGAGGGCCACCAAAUUAUGUAAAACUACAUGUGAUCAUUACCUAUAUUCUAUUGUAUUUGUGUUGUUAAUUCUUAAAAUUAAUUUGCUAAUUUUGUUAAUUUGUUUUCUUCCCAAUUAUGUUUUGUUUUUUUUGCUGAGGCAAUUAAGGUUAAGUGACUUGUCCAGGGUCACACAGCUAGGAAGUAUUAAGUGUCUGAGGCCAGAUUUGAAUUCAGGUCCUCCUGACUUCAGGGCUGGUGCUUUAUCUACUGCACCUCCUAAUUGCCCCACCCCCAAUUAUGUUUUAAACUGGUUUGGGCAAUUAUCCUGCAGGCUAAGUGACAACUGAUCUAUAGGCCUUUCUCCCAGUUCUACUUUAGAGGGGAUUUUUUUCUCUCCUCAAAAACGGAAACUCAUAUUCAAUUUGAAAAAAGAGAAAGGUAGGAGAAGAACACCUGUUGUGGAGGAAGGAUCAGAGUUUUUGGCUCUGUUGCUUUGCAAAGGAGCUCAAGCAAAUUACUUCCCAUCUCUGGGUUUUGUCGUCUACAAAGUGUUAGAAUUGAUCUAGAUAAACCUUGAAGAUUCUUGUCAACUUUGAAUCCUAAGAACUAUGAACCUAUGUAGAUUUUCCAUAAUUUGAGAUUGGGUGCUCUGGAGGAUGAACACCUGAGGAUUUUAUAUUCAUCACAAAUUGAAUUAAUUGGAAAUUUCACUGACUAUUGUGCAUAAUCUAAUUUAUAAAGGACCCUCAGAUUGCAUUAAAUUAAGAACAUCUCUUAUUCCUUGAUGAUGUCUAUGGGGCAUAUUUAUUUCUCUUUCUUGAUACUUAUAAACUGAUACUUUGGAGGGGAAUAUUCUCUAACACUAAAUAAAAAAUGAUAGUGUUUAAUUUCUGAGCUGACUCUCCAUUCUCCUCUACACUCUUUUGCACAAAUUCCCCAAGACAUUAAAGAGAGUAGAAGAGAGAUGGGAAUGAAAUGAUAAUCCUGAGCCUGAUGUAGAACUGCAUUUCUGAAGCCCAUCUAAUACUUAACCUCUUAUUCUUUUUCCUUAAUCUUCACUCCAAAGUGGAAUUAAAAUUAUGUUAGGCAUUGGAAAAGUCAGAAAAAUCUUUGUGUUCAUAUUAAUACCAGUUCUUCUUGAAGCUAUUUGGUGUUUCAUCUCACACCCUAACCCUAGGCCCAAAAAGAAAAACGAAUCAUAUUUAAUUUCAGAGUGACAUGCUGAGAACUACUACUACUAGUAACAUGUAGAGCACCAUAAAGUGAUGUAUUCCCAGAGUAUUGAUGACUCUUCCAUUUUAAACAUUUUUGUACAAUCACAUGUGAACUUCUCAAGGCCAUUGUUGCCACUAAAGAAAACACAAAAUAAAAAAUAUUCUCUUGUUUUUUAGAAAUCAGUAAUCUUGGGUUUUGAAAAGAUUAAAAGAGGUAUUAUUGAACUUCUAAACAUCUAGAUAAUUUUACUAUAUAGUAGAACCCCUGGAGAUUCAACAAAGUAUAUAAGACCACAGCCCCCAUCAUCAUAUUACUGAUUAAAUUUUACUUUUAAUGAGUAAAAAAGAUAACUGUUCAUUAAGAUGGGACAUGUUGAUUUGUUUCAUUUGUUUGUACUUGUUACAAAAGAGGGAGUCGAAAGUGACAGAAGAGGAAAAAAAAUCAAUAAAAUAUUUAAAUAGGAAAAAAGAUAGUGUGGCAAGGGAGGAGGAUUUGUUUUCAGUGAGCAGUUUUUUUGUCCUUCCUAAGACUGAUGACUUGUCUGGCAGAUGAAUCAUUAUGUUCAUGUUUUUUUACAUGGUUAUGCAGAAGUUCAGUAUCCGGAUUUAGAACAUGUUUUUUCUUAUUUACCAGGUAAUGAUCAAUUCCAGAUUAAAAGAAUCUUCAUUCUGUAUAGAUAAUAGUAUGCUAAGAACAGAGGUUCUCUACCAUUGCCAUAUACCCAAAAUGAAAUUAUCCAGAAAUUAAAUCCAUUGGUCUGGAAAAAAAAAAGUUUCUUCAUUUGCUUCUAACUACAUACUACAGUGUUCCUUUGCUGCUGAUAUUUUGGUAGAUUGCGCUAAUUUUUAAGGGAUGAUUUAUAUCUGACUUUUUUGAAAGAUGUUUUUGUCUUAAGGCAAAAAUGCUUUUUCUUUUUUUUUUUCCAAAGUUUAUUUUGGUGGAAACAGCCAGGGAGAAUAAAGUUCAGAAGCACAAUGUAACCCAAUCUAUUGUUCUGUUCUCAUUGUUGUGUUUUAAAACUUGCCAGAUGAUCUCUCUGUAAGGGUGGAUCUCCACUAUUUUAAUAAUUCACAUGCAGCUAAUUUUUAGAUUAUUGACUGAAGAUUUUUCCUAGUGUUAUUUUUAUUGUUAAACUAUGUGGGGAAAAAAUGCAAGCAAGUAUGUAACAGGAAAUGUUCUUAAAUCUUAACUGUUGACUGUGUAUACGUAAGCUCAUUUUUGUGAAUUCUCAUUUUUCUUCUGUGUGUGUGUGUGUAUACAAAUGACUGUAUUAGUGUAUGCUUUCCAGAGAAUUGGAUUAUAUGCAGUUAAUAAACAUUCAUUUUUAACAAUA